GGGCUGGUUGCGUGAUCUUCCCUCACCACCAUUUUUGGAAAUGAAACUCCACUGCCAGGCUUCAAUCUUCAAGAGCAGAGCAGAGGUGCUGACAGGUGGUCAGAAAGACUUUGCUUCCUGUGUGAUUCGCUUCCUUUUCUCCAGGAAGGGGUCAGCCAGCCUUUCUUAUGCAGAGUUGAGCUUCAGAUACAAAGAAGUACUCUGCCUACCUCUGUGUCCCAACAUGCAAUUUCUAGCAAGGUGCUAAAAGGUGUCUCUCCAGAAAUGGAGGAUGAGGAGGGCUACGUGGCUCUUAAUGUUUGCACAAGGAAAGGGCGGCAGCUUUACCCAGGAACUCAGGAACCAAAAACCCAACUGAGCCACCAACGCUGGUGUCAGAUCAUUAUUGGAGCUGGAGGUGUUGUUUUCCUUCUUCUAGCAGGAGCUGCCAUAGCUUUGCGAAUUUUUGCUUUUCAGACGAGGCAAUAUAUACAUGCUCUGGAGAAACCUUCUGUCUCUCAAGAACUCCGCAAUGGCACAGAAGAUAAGACGAGCCUGGAGAAUGUCAUCUCUCACUUGAAACGAUUUUUGUGUAAACCUCUUCGUAUCAGCUUAACAGAGAGCUUUGAGUGCAAACUUUGCCCACAGAAUUGGUUCCGUUAUGAAAACAAAUGCUACUGGGUCUCCAAAAAACAAGGAACUUGGAAUAAGAGCCAGGAAGACUGCAAAGCAAAAGACUCUCAGAUGCUGGUGGUACAGAAUCAGGAUGAAGUGGAUUUUAUUCAGAGUGCUAUUGGAGAAACGCAGUUGCUAUGGAUUGGACUGACAGCCACAUUUCCUGAAAAAAAAUUGAUCUGGGUGGAUGGUUCUUCUCUAGAUGAAAAACAACUGCAAGAAUUGGGUCCAGUUGAAGCAAACAGCUGUGGGAUGCUGAAUGGACAAAAGAUUAUAACUGAAGCCUGCAGUACUGUGACCACAUGGGUUUGUGAGACAGAUGCUUUCGAUUUAAGUGGUUACUGGGCUUGAACCAAACUUCUGUGUUGAGCAUUUUCACUGAAUUUUCUGGGUGAAUGGAACACAGCAAAAAGCAAGCGAGCUCUUUUUCAGGAAAUGAGAAAUAAAAUCUCUAGGUAUAAUUGACCUACUGGAAAUAAGCAGGGUUGUUACCUUCUUUCCACAAUUUACUUUGUGUUUACAUUUGUAGUUGGCCACUAGUGGAAGCAGUACCUUUCAGGUCGCCAUGAUGUUUUUGCACAAUGCCUGCAAUUUGAAGGGCUCCACAUUAUCUUGGCAUGGGACAGCCAGCUCGCUUGCACCAAAGGGCACAUCCUUCUCUGGUGCUACAUUUUUAACAAGGGGCAUAUUAUCUACACUUUAGAAUUAAUGCAGUUUGAUA